CAACACAUGGAUAAAGUCUUUGGCUUUACGAAAUUUUAGAAAAAUGCUAACUAUCAAGAUAACUUGUACAACCUUGGUGCUACUCAUCCAAACAUUACAAUGUUUGGCUUCAGAUGAUUCGUCAUUUCAACUAACAAACAGGGCCACUGGUUUUUGUUUGGUUAAAUCGCAUCAUUUUUGCCAUGAAAUUCGCUGGACAACUGGUGACCGACUUAUGGUUCAGUGGCUGAGUAAGUGCCUUGGAGUCCAGGGGAAAAGUGUGGGGAGUGAAAUAAGCCUCUACGAGUGUGAUGAAAACAGUGAACUCCAGAAGUGGGAAUGCAAGAAUGAAACAGUGCUCGCUCUCAAAGGCCAAGAGCUUUACAUUGAGCUCACUGCAGAUAACACAGCAGUUCUCUCUAAAACAAUAGGACCCAAUAACCACCUGACAAUUUCAGGGACGUCCAGUGGUGCCUGCACAAGAACAUACAGAGAACUUUUUACCAUAGGAGGAAAUGCAAAUGGUAGGACCUGCAUGUUUCCCUUCAUGUACAAAACCAAAUGGUACUCCGACUGCACUACGGUUGACGUGGCGGAAAAGCACCUAUGGUGUUCAGUUGAAACAAAAUUUGAACAUAAUAUCUGGGGCUUCUGCCCAACUAACUCCAAACAACACUGGAACCAAAACAUUGCAACAGGAGUGUAUUACCAGCUCAACACCCAGUCAGCUCUGACUUGGUCCCAGGCUGUGGCCAGCUGCAAACAGCAGGGUGCCUCCCUGCUCAGUAUCACCGAUCCCCAUGAAAAGGUUUAUGUCACAGCACUACUAGGAGCAGGGGGCAGGGGAAAAGGGGACAAGCUUUGGACUGGACUGACACUGGAUCCAGAACAUGGCUGGCAGUGGUCUAACGGGAAGCCUUACCGUUAUGUGAAUUGGGACUCAGGACAUCCACUUCCUAAUCCAGGACAAAACUGUGCAAUUAUUGAUGGUGCUGUACAGUACUCCUGGCAAAGUUCAUCAUGCACCAGAAAACUGGGCUACAUCUGCAACAGUGAUGGAACUUUGGCUCCUCCCACUGAAGCUGUUGAGACAGGCUUUUGUUCAAGCCCUUGGAUUCCCUACAAUGGUCACUGCUUCCACCUUAAUCGCACUCAGAAAACAUGGUCUGAAGCUCAGAAAGCAUGCCGCAAGGAAGGAGGGGACUUAGUCAGCAUCUGCAAUGUGGAGGACCAAAGCUUUGUUAUCUCUCAACUUGGAUAUGCAUCCACUGAUGAGCUUUGGAUUGGACUGAAUGACAGGAAGACAGAGGGGCUGUUUGACUGGACUGACCAUUCUACUGUCACCUUUACCAGCUGGGAGUUUGGGAAACCUUCUGUGUUCACAGACCAAGAAGACUGUGCUCUCAUCAGGGGAGAGAAUGGGAACUGGGCCGACCGUGUGUGUGGGGAGAAACAUGGCUUCAUUUGUAUGAAGACAAGUGCUACCGAACCUUCUGGAGAUGAAGUGGAGCAGAAUGCAGGUUGCAAAAUUGGUUGGAAAAGACAUGGCUCCUACUGCUACUUUGUAGGAACAGAGACAAAGACGUUUGAUGAAGCAAAAGACGGCUGCAAGAGCUCAGACUCCUACUUGGCAGAUGUUUCAACUGGGGUGGACAAUGCAUUCCUAGUCAGCCUGGUAGGCUUGAGACCAGAGAAGUACUUCUGGCUAGGACUCUCAAACCAGAAAAACAUUGAUCAAUUUGUGUGGACCAACACAGACUCAGUGAGGUUUACUCACUGGAACGCUGAAAUGCCAGGUUACCAACAAGGCUGUGUUGCCAUGACAACUGGGUUUUUUGCUGGCCUCUGGGAUGUGCUGCCCUGCGACAAUAAGGAGAAAUACAUUUGCAAACACCUGGCAGAGGGGGCAGUUUUAACUCUUGCCCCACCAACUGUCCCCACAACAAAAUGUGCAGAUGGCUGGAAUCAAGUGGCAUCAAGAAAGUACUGCUAUAAGUUUUUUGCGGAGACACCUUUAAACAAGAGGACCUGGUAUGAGGCCAGAGAUUACUGCAUGGCCAUUGGAGGAGACCUGCUCAGUAUUCAUAGCACUGAUGAUCUUAAAAUGCCAAUAAAGAGCUAUAGGACAUUCUGGAUUGGACUCAGUGCCCCUGACCCAAUCACUGGUUACGUAUGGAGCGAUGGAUCCCCAGUAAAUUUCCAACACUGGGAGGAUGGAGAGCCAAACAAUAAAAAUAAUGUGGAAUCUUGUGCUGAAUUCAAUCCGUACAAUCAGCAGCGGACUGGGUCUUGGAACGAUGUGCAGUGUGAGAAGUACAAUGGAUGGAUUUGUCAGAUCCAUGCAGGAAAGACUCCAAACCCGCCACCAGACCCCAUCACUCCUGACAACAACAAGACCUCAGAUGGGUGGUUGGAAUGGAAUGGGAUUCAGUAUUAUAUUAAUGAAAAGUGGAUGGCCAUGGAAGAUGCUCGCAACUUCUGCCAACAGAGGCAUGGGGACUUGGUGACUAUCAACAGUGAGGCUGAAAAUGUCUUUUUAUGGAAACAGAUAUCCAGGAGUUACGGGUCUUACUGGAUUGGCCUGACUGUAGAACUUGAUGGAACCUAUGAGUGGAUAGAUGGUUCUCAAGGGGAAUUUGAAAGGUGGGAUGAAGGUCAGCCUGAUUUCAAUACUUUUGAUGAGAACUGUGCUGUCAUGGUGCAUGAGACUGGAUUCUGGCAUGAUUAUAAUUGUGGGUUCGAGCACAAGUCCAUUUGUAAACGUAGUGGCUCACCACCUGCCAACACCACUGUAGCACCCACAGUGCCCCCCAAAGGUGGCUGCCUACUCCCCUGGAAAAAAAUUAACUCCAAGUGUUACAUCAUCAUUAAGAACCAGAAAUUAACAUGGGAUGGAGCGAGGAAACAAUGUCUAACAAUGAAUGGAAACUUGGCCUCUAUUCCCUCAAGAGAUGUACAAGCAUUUUUGGUGACUCAAAUGGCUGACACACCUACUACAGACCUGUGGAUUGGUUUUCAUAGUUUCCAUGGUCAUCAAUUUUACUGGGCUGAUGGGCGACCAAAGUCAUAUGUCAACUUGGCUUUAAAUAGAUUGGUCUAUGAUGACAUAUUUCAUCGACCCCACAGGAUUUUGGAUCUCAAUCAUCUCGGAGAUUUUGACACACAUUUUUAUCAUGAAAUCCAUCAUUUUCAAAGAUUUGAAACUCUCUUUUCUCAACAAAGAAACAAAUGUGCUGUGAUCAAUACCAAUCCUCUCCUUGGUAUUGGUAAAUGGAUACCUCAGUCCUGCAAUGACACCAAUGGAUUUGUCUGUCUUCAAAAGGCUGACCCAUCUCUCCCAGACUCCCCUGAACCAACAGUUACUACCGACUAUGCCAAAAUAAUGAAUGACUCCAUCAAGGCUGUGACUCAACCAAUGACCUGGGAUGAAGCCAAAAAGCACUGUGAAGAUGAUGAUGCCAACCUGGCUAGCCUGCGAAAUGAGUGGUCACAGGUCUAUGUUGAGUGGCUGGCUCUGAGUCUGAACACUUCUCUGUGGAUUGGAAUGAACAAAAUGCAGACCAGUGGUUAUUUCAGAUAUAUUGAUGGCUGGCGCAUGAAAUUUACUUCCUGGGGUCACAAUGAACCAAGCCCGGACCGACCAUGUGUCUUUGUAGACAUAGAUGGAAAAUGGAAGACUGCUAACUGCAAUCAGACCAUGAACAGUGUUUGUAUGAAGUCAACAGAUGUGCCACCAACAGAGUCAAGUCUUUUUCCAGGAGUUUGCCCUGACGACCCAGAUUCAUUAAAAAUUGGCGAGAAUUAUUUCUGGCUACCAUUUAAGGGUUACUGUUACAUAUUUUUCACAGACGAAAAAGAGUGGGCAUCUGCAGCUGCUAGCUGUGCAAGACAUGGUGGAUCACUAGCCAGCAUUGAAGACCCGUCUGAGCAAGAAUUCAUUCAAAAUAACACAAAGACAUAUAAAGACAGCCACACCUCUUUCUGGAUCGGCUUGUAUAAAACUCACAAAGGGGACUGGUUGUGGUUGGACAACACAGUCAAGGACUACACUAACUGGGAUGAAGGUCAACCUACUUCUCAAAACCAUGGAGCGAUUAGUACUUCAGAUGGGACAUGGAGGGCAGGUGCACAGUGGUAUGAUAGACCAUACAUCUGCAAAACACCCAAAGUAUUUCUACCAGUGCCAUCACCAGCAGCCAGAGUUGGGAUUAAUCCUAAUCACAGAGGCCACAUCAUUUUGGCAGUUGUACUGGUCAUUGCUGGGAUUGCCGUGGGGGGAGUGAUUGCCUUCUUCCUCUACAAGAAGUCUAUUCCUCGCCUAACCAUCCCUGGCACAUUAAACACCUUUGACAACCCACUGUUCUUCAGCAAUGAGCAGUCCCCACCUGAAACGGUUGACAGUGGUAUGAAGGCAGAGGACGUGAACCAUGAGCCUGUUAUAACUGUAUGAUUUAAUAAAAAAAUGCAUGACCGAUGAUGAAGAAAAGUUUCAACAGACUUGGCAAUGAGCGGCUAAAUUGGUUAAAGCAAUAUAUUUUGUAGGAUGUGUUAUUUGGACUGAAAUCAUUUUUAAUCACAUAUGUUGUAAUUACUAAGAAUGAAGUGGUUGAACUAUUCGGAAGAAUUCAAUAUACUUUUUUAUUUUAUUUUAUUACAACUGUUAGGAUAGUGCUGUGAAUUUUUAUCUUUGCUACAUGUUGUAUGAAAGGUUGCAAUGUCUAGUUAACAAUAAACACUUACAAUUA